AUGAAAGUCCUUGUGGCAUUUCUGGUGGUGCUGGCCAGCUUUGGGAUACAAUCUCAUGGAUUUGAGGUUUAUAACCUCUUCUACCCAAGAAACAAUGGUGGUAAUGUUCAGGAGACGGUGCAAGUUGACAAUGAAAAAAAUAUUGCCAUUGUUGACAUCCAUGCAGGGUCAUGCUCUUCUACCACAAUUUUUGACUAUAAACAUGGAUACAUUGCAUCCAGGGUGCUUUCCCGAAGAGCUUGCUACAUUUUAAAGAUGGACCAUAAAGCCAUCCCUGCUCUGGACACACUCCAACGGUACAUCUAUGAGAAGCAGACUUUGAACACCAUGGCCUCUGGCAAAUACACCUGGGUUAGGGAUAACCCUCUGAAGUCUUUGAUCACCAAAGUGGACUGGUUCCUGUUUGGGUCACCUAUUGAGAAUCUCUGCAAGCACAUGCCCUUAUAUGAGGGGGAAGUGGUUGAAAAGUCAGAUCAUGAUGGUGGUAGAGGCUGUGUCAAGGCUGGGCUCCUGGGCAUCUUGGGAAUUUCCAUCUGUGCAGGUUUCCAUGUUUAGAAUGAUGGUCAGCCAAUUGAUUUUAUC